AGCCAUUUUGGCCCCGAGAUCCUGGCGGCUCAUGCCAGCGAGCGCGGGGGCAUGCCCAGAAGGCUCCGAGGACAGCUUCGGCAGCGGCUCGGAGGUGGCCGAGGAGACCGGGCUCUCCGAUGAGAGCGACGACACCGAGGUGCUGCUGCCCCACGUCGUCCUCAGCCUCGAGGGCCUGUGCGUCAGCAUCCGCCGGACGCCCGGCACGCGCGACAGGGGGGUGCAGAUCCUAGAGGACGUGACCGCGCAGGUGCAGAGCGGUGACGUGCUGGCCAUCAUCGGCGGCUCUGGCGCGGGCAAGACAACACUGCUGGAUGCCGUGUCCAACGAGUCCAAGGCGCGAUGCGAGCGCCAGGGGAGGGUGCAGCUGAACGGCAGGGAGCUCAGCAGGAGGAUCUUCCGCAAGAGCUGCGCCUACGUGGCGCAGGCUGACCUGCUCUGCGCCACGGCCACGGUGCGCGAGGCCCUGGAGUUCGCGGCUGCGCUGUACCAGGGCACGAGGUCCUGCAGGUCAAACGCGGCGGCCGUCGAUGGCCUGCUGCAGGAGACGGGGCUCUCGGCGUGCCAGCGCGUGCUGGUGGGCGACGGCGCGCUCAUCCCUGGCAUCUCCGGCGGCCAGCGCCGCCGCCUCAGCGUCGCCGUGGAGCUGCUGAAGAGGCCGACGGUGCUGGUGCUUGACGAGCCGACGUCUGGCCUGGACUCCGCGGCCGCGGAGGCAAUCUUUUGCAUCCUUCGGCGCAUCGCGCAGGAGAAGCAGAUCGCCGUGAUGUGUUCCAUCCAUCAGCCAUCGUCUCACAUCUUUCAGCUCUUCGACAGGCUGCUGGUGCUCUCCAGCGGGCGGAUGUGCUACUUCGGGGCCGCUCAGGAGGCCGCGGCGCACUUCACGCAAAUGGGGUUCAUCCACAAGGCAGGCGUGAAUCCCGCCGAAUUCCUGCUGCGGGCGACGAACACGGAUUUCUGUUCGGUGCAGCAGGUCCAGCGCAUUUGCGACAUUUGGGAUCACCACAAGGCGCACACCAGCAGGGAGAUAGCGGAGACAAACCAGCGGUGGAGCGAGCAAACGCUUCGCGAAGGCAGACGGUGGAGACCCCCCGAGCCGAACCACCGUCCGGCUCCGUGCUGGCGACAGGUGCAGCUGCUGUACAUGAGGGCGCUGAAGUCUCACGUGAGGAGCCCCAUUGCGUUCGUGGGUCGGGUUGCCCUUUCCUGUUCUCUAGUGUCCUUUGUCAUGUUUGCUUACUCGGGCGCAAGGCAGCGGGCCCAGACCCAGAUUCUGGAUCGCGUCUGGGCGCUGGUAUGGCUCCAGCAGCUGCCAGCAUUUCUGUGCGUGGGAGCCGUGCCGAAGUUCACCUCGGAGCACGGGUGCUACAGGAAGGAGGUGACCAACGGCCUGUACCGACCGCUGAGCUACUUUGUGGCCGACGCAUGUGUCAACGUGCCGUUGUGGCUCGUGCUGUCGUUCGCCUCCACGCUCUGCGGCUUCGCCGUAAUAGGGUCGGCGGUUUUUAAUUGGGGCAAUUUUUUCCACAUCUGGCUCCUGAUCUCCUGCUAUGUUGGCUGGCACGAUACAGUGGCGCAGCUGUGCGGCACUCUCUUCACGAGCAUGGCGAUGGGCACGAUGGUGUUCAUGCUACAGAUAAUCAUGAACAUGGUGUUCAAUGGCACGCUGUUAACCAGGAAGGACGACGUGAGCGUAGCGAUACGGUGGCUCUUCAGCGUCAUGCCCUCCACUUACAGCUUCCGCAGCGGCGUCUACCUCGAAUUUCAUGGUCUCACGUUUGAUGGUUUUAAGGAGUGCGCGGAGGCUGCGCGGGAUGGGCCUGUGUCGCACGCGCCCUGCUUUGGCGAACGGGGCCUCGACGUACUGGACGUGCUGCAGGCCACGGUCUUCCCCGUGCUGACGACGGAGGACACCCUGACGGAGACCCUCGCCGUGAUUAUUGGCGAGAUGGCCCUGCUGAAGUUGAUGCACGCACUCGUCCUCGUGCAGAUUUCCUGGUAGGCGCGCCCAGCCACGGGUUCUCUUCUGAGCCUGCCCGGCGUCUGAUCCUAUUCGGCCGCAUACUGUGCCGCAGACAAAAGCCCUUUGGAAGCAAAGCAAGGGCAAGGGCAACCGAGAGGGAAGCCCGCGCAGAUCUGGGGGCCAGUAGGCCCAAACGUUUUAUCACAUAUCCUAUCCUGACGUAUUCUUCUGCGUCCACCUCCUCUUCCGCCCCCCCGCCAGCCUCCCCCGU